AAAUAUUACCUAUUCAAAGAAAGUUAUAUUAUUACAUAACAAAUAAAUUUUCUAGUCAAGGAAGCCAACUCUUUCUCCGCAAUUAGUAUUUAAUCUACAAAAUCCAAGGGUCUUCUUACUUUGGUAUUGGUAACAAAAUAGAUAGAUUAUUUAUUGUUUACGAGAGGGUUCAUCUUCACCAUGGGACGUUGUAUUUUGAAAUUUGCACAUGUUAUUGCUCUUUGUGUCUUCAGCUGUUUGGUUAAAGUUGGACGAGCUCAAACUUCCAACGCAACUACAGAUCCUUCUGAAGCAAGAAGUCUGAAUUCAAUCUUUAGCAAGUGGGGCAUUUCAGCUGACCAAACUCAAUGGAACAAAAGCGGGGAGUUAUGCAGUGGAAGAGCCAUCGAUAGCAGUACGACCAUCGAAGACACCGCUUACAAUCCAUUCAUCAAAUGUGAUUGUUCCUAUAACAACAAAACUACGUGCCACAUCACCGCACUAAAGGUUUACGCUUUGGAUGUGAUUAGUGAAAUUCCACAAGAGCUAUGGACUCUUACAUACCUCACCAAUUUCAGGAAACUUGGCCAGAAUUACUUGACGGGUUCUCUGCCUCCAGACAUUGGAAAUCUGACUCGUAUGCAAUACAUGUCCAUUGGCAUCAAUGCCCUAUCAGGAGAGCUUCCAAAACAAUUGGGAAAUCUUACUCAAUUAAUAGUAUUGAGUUUUGGAUCAAAUAACUUCUCAGGUACUUUGCCAUCUGAACUUGGGAAGCUGCUUAAAUUAGAACAACUCUACAUGGACAGUUCUGGAAUCAGUGGUCCAAUUCCACCAACAAUUGCAAGCCUUAAGAAUUUGGUGACAGUAUGGGCCUCAGACACAGAACUCACAGGUAGCAUACCAGAUUUCAUUGGAAAUUGGUCUAAACUUCAAACCUUGAGGUUUCAGGGUAAUUCCUUUGAAGGUCCAAUACCCUCAUCAUUUUCCAAUUUGACUUCUUUGACAGAGCUGAGAAUAAGUGGUCUAUCUAAUGGGAGCUCAUCGUUGGAAGUAAUAAGGAAUAUGAAGUCUUUGACUAUCUUAGAACUGAGGAAUAACAAAAUGUCAGGUUCAAUUCCUCCUAACAUAGGAGAAUUUCGAAAUUUGACCCAACUGGACUUGAGCUUCAAUAACAUCUCAGGACAUAUUCUUGGAUCAAUUUUCAAUUUGAGCUCGCUGUCAUCCUUGUUUCUUGGAAAUAACAAACUCAGUGGCACUCUUCCUCAACAGAAAAGUUCAUCUCUUAAUAACAUAGACUUGUCAUACAAUGAUCUAUCAGGAAGCCUACCCUCUUGGAUAAAUGAACCAAAUUUACAACUGAACUUAGUUGCCAACAACUUGACAAUAGAAAAUUCAAAUAGCAGCGGUUUGCCUACUGGUCUCAACUGUCUUCAGAAAAUUUUUCCAUGCAGUCGUGGCAUUGGAAGAUAUUCUGACUUUGCAAUCAAGUGCGGCGGUCCGCAAACUAGAUCUACAGAUGGAACUAUAUAUCAAAUGGAAAAUGAGACACUUGGUCCUGCUACAUACUUUGUUACUGAUACAAAUAGAUGGGCUGUUAGUAAUGUUGGAAUAUUUACCGGGAGCAACAAUCCUCUGUUCAAAAGUUUUGUGUCUAAUCAAUUCACCGGUACAUUGAAUCCAGAGCUCUUCCAAACUGCUCGGCUCUCUGCAUCAUCAUUAAGAUAUUAUGGUCUCGGGCUAGAAAAUGGUUUUUACAACAUUACCCUCCAAUUCGCGGAAACAGCAAUUUUGGAUUCUACUACAUGGAAAAGCCUCGGCAGACGGGUCUUUGAUAUUUAUAUCCAGGGGACCCUUGUUUUGAAAGAUUUUGACAUACAAAGAGAAGCUGGAGGCAUCUCUUACAAAGCCGUCCAAAAGCAUUUUAGGUUUCAAGUGAAAGAAAAUUAUCUCGAGAUCCAUCUUUUUUGGGCCGGAAAGGGGACUUGUUGUAUACCUGGCCAAGGUACUUAUGGACCAUUGAUUCAAGCCAUCAGUGCUUCUCCAGAUUUCGUACCUACCGUUAGUAACAAACCUCCAAGCAGUAAAAAUAAUAAAGCUGGUCUAAUAAUUGGAAUUGUUGCUGGUGUUGGAGUUGUAUGCUUUCUUGUGGUUUUUGCCAUUUUCUAUAUCAUUCGGAGAAGAAGACUCUAUGAUGAAGAUGAAGAGCUUUUAGGCAUUGAUACGAUGCCAAACACUUUUAGCUACAACGAGUUAAAAAAUGCUACAAGUGACUUCAAUCGCGACAAUAAGCUUGGAGAGGGAGGUUUUGGACCUGUUUAUAAGGGGACACUUAACGAUGGAAGAGUUGUUGCUGUGAAACAAUUAUCCAUAGGAUCCCAUCAAGGAAAGAGCCAAUUUAUUGCUGAGAUUGCUACCAUAUCUGCUGUGCAACACCGUAAUCUUGUCAAAUUAUACGGAUGUUGUAUUGAAGGGAGUAAAAGACUUCUUGUUUAUGAAUAUCUAGAAAAUAAGAGUCUUGAUCAAGCAUUGUUUGGAAAUAUUUUAUUUCUCAAUUGGUCAACCCGCUAUGAUAUUUGUAUGGGUGUUGCAAGAGGUUUGACAUAUUUACAUGAGGAGUCACGGCUUCGAAUUGUGCACCGUGAUGUGAAAGCUAGUAAUAUUCUACUCGAUUAUGAGCUUGUUCCAAAAAUAUCUGACUUUGGGUUGGCCAAAUUAUAUGAUGAUAAAAAAACUCAUAUAAGCACUCGUGUUGCUGGGACAAUUGGAUAUCUUGCACCGGAGUAUGCCAUGCGUGGACACCUCACAGAGAAAGCAGAUGUUUUUUCCUUUGGUGUUGUUACUCUUGAGUUAGUUAGUGGGAGGCCAAAUUCUGAUUCAAGUUUGGAAGGAGAAAAGAUAUAUCUUCUAGAAUGGGCUUGGCAACUUCAUGAAAAGAAUCGCAUAAAUGAUUUGGUAGAUCCUAAACUAUCAGAAUACAACAAAGAAGAAGUCGAACGCCUUGUGGGAAUAGCACUUUUGUGCACUCAAACAUCACCAACUUUACGACCGUCCAUGUCACGUGUGGUGGCAAUGCUUUCUGGAGAUAUUGAAGUGAGCACUGUAACAUCGAGGCCUGGAUACUUGACUGACUGGAAAUUUGACGAUGUGAGCAGCUUCAUGACUGACGUUUCAAUAUUGGGAUUAGAUACAAGUAAUUACAAUUCAACAGCAAGUACCACCUUAAUUGCUGGUGCAGACAAUUCACCAAAUGAUCCUUCUAAAUCCAUCCUUCAUGAGACUCUUGGAGAUGGAAGGUAAAAAUUUGUGUUUUCUUCUGUGAUGUUGACCAAUUUUACAAACAGUGAUAAUGCACGGCUCCAAAAUGUUGUUCUAAUCUUUUGCUUUUACUUAUUCCUUUCUUCUUCGCCUUUUGUUGUAAACUAAAUGCUACAUGUAUUUUUAAUUCUUUGACAUUCCAAUUGUUGAGUAUAAAUAUCUACUCCGAUCCAAUUGUAAAAAAACAAGCAGUCUGGUGUUUUCUAAACUACUUACUAAUGUGAUGGAAACUGCUAACAUAA